CUUCGGCUCAAAGAACAAAAAUUUUAACGCAUAAUGCUUUUUCUGAAUAUAAAAUAAAUUUGAUAAGACAACCAAAUCUUUGUGAUAAAACCGUUCAACAGUAUUCAGGAUAUAUUGAUGUUAAAGACACUAAACAUUUAUUCUUUUGGUUUUUCGAAUCGAGAAGUAAACCUCAAGAAGAUCCGAUCGUUCUUUGGCUUAGCGGUGGACCAGGGAGUCCUUCUACAAAAGGUUUAUACUUUGGAGUUGGACCUUGCUCUGUUAAACCAGGAGGAAAUGAUACAACUUUCAAUCCUUACUCAUGGAAUAACAAUUCUAGUUUUAUUUUCUUGGAUCAACCAAUUAACACAGGAUAUUCUUAUGGUGAAUAUGUAUCCGAUACUUUCGCCGCUGCAUAUGAUAUAUACGUAUUUUUACAAAUCUUUUUCCAAGAGUUUCGUCAAUAUGUUAAUUUAGAUUUCCAUAUUGCCGUAAACGCUUUAGUUCAACUUAAAUAUUUACCAAAAAUGGCCUGUGAAUCAUCCUAUGGACCAGUAUUAAAUAUUUCCACAUGUAAUCAGAUGAGCAGAGAUUAUAUUCAAUGUGCUAAAAUGACCAAAACAUGUUAUGAUACAAAAAAUGUAACAGUUUGUGUAACUGCUGAAAAAUGUUUUGGUAGAAUGUCCCAACCUUAUCGAAAUUCCAAUAGAAAUAUUUUUGAUAUAAGAGCAUCAUGUAAUAAUGAUAAUAGUGCUUCUUGUUAUCCAGAAAUCCAAGAUAUCGCGAAAUAUUGUAAUCGUGAAGAUGUUAAGAUUGAAUUGGGUGUUAAUCCUUCGUUAGUUUUUCAACUUAGUAAUGAUAUUGUUUCUAGCAAAUUUUUUAGUACUGGUGAUAUGGUACGUCGCUUCGACAUAUAUAUUCCAUCUCUUUUGGAAAGCAAUGUUCGAGUAUUAGUAUACGCUGGCGACGCUGACUUUGUUUGUAAUUGGUUUGGUUGUGAUGCGUGGACGAAAGCGCUUAAAUGGAGCGGUACCAAAGGUUUUAAUAAUGCCAAUGUUACUCGUUGGAUAACAACUACUGGUAACUAUUCUGGUGAUGUUAGGACGUUUAAAGGAUUAACAUUCCUGAGGAUUUUUGAAUCAGGGCAUAUGGUAGCUCAUGAUCAGCCAAUUGCAAGUUUAGAUUUCUUUAAUAAAUGGAUAUUCAAUAAGGAUUUGUAA